CGUUUAGACGUUGGUAUCAGUCAAUCACGGUCCGCCAGUUGGAAAGGCAGUGUUCGAGCAACGCCGAGGUAAAAGUAAUCUUUGUGCUACUGGUGAUAGUUGCAUACGAGUGAUUCGUUUUAUGAUUGAAGAUCAAGCUGUUUAUUUAAAGUAAUAUCAGUUGGCUUUUUGCUGUUGCUAGCUGGAAUUUAAUUCCAUAAUGCGUUCGAAACUCACUCUGGAGCAAUUGAAUGCCCUAACGCCAAAUGAGUUUCACAAAGUGUUUGAAAAUGUAGUGGAAUGUUGGCCUGAAGCAGCGAUCUUCUGUUCGGCGAUGCUGCCAUUCAAGAGUUUUGAAUCGAUGAUCAUAAUCUUCGAGAACUAUCUGCAGCGGUUGAGCGAUGAAAACAAGCUUCGGAUCUUACGCUUGCAUCCCGACCUGGCUGGUAAACUGCUGGAUUCGCAUCAACUCACGGAAGAAUCAAGCUUCGAACAAGCAUGUGCUGGGUUGGAUAAACUUACGCCUGAAGAUAAGAACAGAUUGACCACGUUGAAUGAGGAAUACAAAAUGAAGUUUGGAUUUCCAUUUGUGAUUUGCGUUCGUGAGGCGUCCAAGUUUGAUGCGAUUCUUAAAGGAGUUAGCGAGCGAGUCAAUAAUACUCCGGUGCAAGAGCUUGAAAUCGGACUCGGAGAGGUCAAGAAGAUUUGUAGAUUAAGGAUUUUGGAAUUGGUCAAUAAAUUGUGAUGGGAUAGAA